GAAGCGUUAUUUCCAAGGUAGAGGCACGAGUUAAGCAUGCAUUGUCACGUUUUUACCAAAGUAUCUUGAUAGGGAAUGAUAACCUUACUCAUCAAAGCUACACGUCAAAGUAAAGGUGACUGAGCCCCAACUGAGGGAGGAAGUGCAACUGCCAACACCAGAGUCCGAAGGGAAACAUUCUAAUAAUGAAUAAGUUAUUUUGCCGUUUGCAAAGCAACAUGUCUGAGGAAUUACUACAGAGAGUGAGAGACCUGGAAGGAGAGGUGGGGAGACUGAAAGCACAGCUAAGAGAGAAGGUCAAGGAAGGAACUGGAGGUGAGAUGGCGGUGUCAACCAACUCUGAUGGAAAGAAGGAUACCAGCAAGCCUGAUGCUGGUGGCAGGAAAAAGGGCAAAAGAGGGAGUCGGGACCGACCAUUUGAUUUCUCUGCCCAUCCUCGGCGCCAUGUUGCGCUCCGCUUAGCCUACCUGGGCUGGGCCUAUCAGGGCUUUGCUGUCCAGGAGAACACAGACAGCACUGUGGAAGCCCGGCUCUUCGAGGCUCUUCUAAAGACUCGACUGAUCCAGGAUCGCCAGAGUUCUAACUAUCACCGUUGUGGCCGCACUGACAAAGGAGUCAGUGCCUUUUCCCAGGUCAUGUCCAUAGACUUGCGCUCCACUCAGUUUUGUGGAGGCCUAGGAGUGACUCUCCCGUCCAAUGUCGACGCUGGUGUCAAGAACGAAGUGGACGUGGCGGAGCUACCUUAUGUGAAGAUGCUGAACAGAGUCCUGCCCCAGGACAUCAGGAUUCUUGACUGGUCACCUGCUCCGCAGGGCUUCAGUGCACGCUUCGACUGUCAGUCUAGAACCUAUCGGUACUACUUCCCACGCGGGGCUCUGGAUGUAACGUUGAUGGCAGAGGCUGCCAAACGCUACGAGGGCACUCACGACUUCCGCAACCUCUGCAAGAUGGACGUGGGCAAUGGAGUGCUGCAGUUCCAGAGGACCAUCCUGUCUGCCACGGUCCAGCCUGUCCAUCAAACUCCCCCUCCUGCGCCCACUACCGCAGACCCAUACGACCUCUACAUAUUUGAGAUCAAAGGACUGGCCUUCCUCUAUCACCAGGUGCGGUGCAUAAUGGCAGUGCUGCUGCUGAUUGGCCAGAAGCUGGAGCCCCCAGAGAUAGUGGAUCAACUCCUGGAUGUGAAGACGAAUCCCAGGAAACCCCAAUACAGCAUGGCGGUGGACUUUCCCCUGGUGCUGUUUGACUGCCAUUUUGAGGGGUUGAGUUGGCGCAGGGAGGCUGAGGAGGUGGAACAUGCCCUGGCCACGCUGCAGCACCACUGGACACAGACAGCAGUCAAGACCCAGGUCAUUCACGGCAUGAUCCAAGGCCUAGACAGCACAGGUGGGACCUCCUCUCCCCAUUGCUGGCUGAUGGAAGGUACCAAACAGCGGACCUAUCGGCCCUUGCUUGAGCGUCCACGCUGCGAGAGCCUGGAGUCCAGGAUAGAACACUUUGUUAAAAGAGGCAGGCUUGAACGAGAAGAAGGGGAAAAUGGUGGCGAAACGGUACACAAGGGCAAAAGGCCAAAGCACUCGCACAAUACCUCCAUUUCGUCUGUCCUCCCCGACGUGUCGCCGUCCUUCUGACCCCAGGGCCAAUCAGAAACCAUAAGAUUGACACCUGCUAGAGAAAUUGGACUUAUCAUAUAAUAUUGUCUGAAUUCUUAAUGCUGUUAUUUUACUUUUAGAUAAAAAAAAUAUGUAAUGGAGAAACAAUUGUAGGUUUUUGUUAUUCUCUGGAAUAAAUCAAUUUGAGAUUCAUCCGAAA